AUGGAGAACAUACAAGAGAUUUUAAAAGCAGCAGCAGAAUAUUUGUCAUUAGGAAAUGUUAAGGAUGCAUACUUUGCUUAUAUGAAUGCACUUGAAGUAGCUUCAAAAGAGUUGAAUAACAUCAAAUUUGUAAAUAAUG